AUGAUUGAUUUCGAAUCACUACUCGAAUUUGAAGAGUGUUUAAGUCAAGAGAGUACUAGCCUUGAUAAUUCAUCAAUCUUGAAUAACUUAGAAAACAAGAUCGAUCAUCUAACAUUCAAAGAAGAAGAGGAAGAUCAGAGUGACUUUUUCUCCACCAGCUCCACAACAACCUCAUCCACUAACUUGUCGACGCGCUCCUCAUUAGAAGAAAUCAUUGCAUCCUACGACAUUACUCAAGAUGAAUUCGCCACUUGUUUCAAGUGCGGCACAAACUUGUCAGUCACUACAACUAACCAUAAAUCGUGUUGUCAAUCAACAAUCGACCGUACUCUGACAAUUGCAUCCAACUUGGAGUCAUUAUACUGGACAAGUUUCAUUGAUAAUCCUACUAGGACAAUCAACACAUUACCAUUUUAUACCGAGUUGGUUUUGAAACAAGGUAUACCCAAUUGUAUUCGGUCACAUGUAUGGCAAAAAUUAUUCUUGCUCAACUAUGACUCGAUCCCUAAAUCAAUCAAGUUGGUGUAUGUCAAUUUCCAGCAUUCGUAUAGUUUGGAAGUAUCACAACAGAUUGAAAAAGAUUUGACGAGAACGUUCCCCACGGUGGGGUUUUUCCAAAACCAAACAACGAUUGAUGACUUGUCAACAAUUCUCAACGUUUAUGCCAACUAUGAUUUAGAAUUGGGCUAUUGCCAGGGUUUGUUGUUCCUCGUUGGGGUAUUGUAUCACCACUUGCAAUCGUGCGAAUUGACAUUUUAUGCAUUGACAACAAUCAUGGAAACUGAAUUGGAGCUACAUGAUAUAUUCACAGCAGAGCAUAUGUCAAAUACGUUAAACUUGUGGUUUUAUCAAUUCAGCCACAUUCUCAAAACGGUUGAUUUGCAAUUGUAUAAUCAUUUGGCUACUUGCCAAGUCAAUAUGCAAACAUUCUUGUUCCAAUGGUGGUUAUCUUUUAUGUCGUCGCAUACUGCCGACUUGUCGAUUAUCAAUCGUGUGAUGGAUCUUUGUCAAUUUCAAGGAUGGAAAAUAGGAAUGAUGAAGAUUAGUUUGGGGUUAUUGAUUGUUAAUAAACCCAUUUUGAUGACUUUGGAACUGAGCGAUGAAGAAGUUGUUUAUCAACAUUUGCUUAAUGAAUCAAAAUGGGGCAAUGUUGCCAAUGAUUUGGAUUUAUUUUUUGGCGAUUUGUUGUUUUCUUGGAGUGAUGAAUUGUUUAUGAAUCCACCACAACCAGCGCACAAUGUGGACUUGAGCGUUGCUUCCACGACAAAACCCCGUGUUUCAACACCUUCAUCCUCAUUACUAAAUACGUUCAAGUCACUUUCGUUGAAUUUGAAACAAAAGUCACCGGUCAAGCCAUCAAGCAGUACACAUAGGUCGCCUUAUACUGGCUUAUCUCGUGAACGGUCAAGUACCACUACUUCAAACAACUCGGGAAUCAACAACUCAAUGAUAACAUCGACAACGUCAGUAUUUUCAACAUCUACACAUGCCCCCAAUCUAAACAAGAACCUGGAAUUAGAUUCUAUCUAUUCCGAUGUCAGUGAAGUCAGUAGUCAGCAAAGUGGAAAUGACAUCAAGUCAUUUACCGAUUACUUGAAAUUGCCCUCUUUUGGACCCAACAUUCACAAACGCAAUGACACAGGGGACAAUUUGAGUGGCAGUAAUAGUAGUAGUAGUAGUAAUAGCAGAGAAUCGUUGUUGAUGAAUGAGAAUGAGGCGUUAAAGUACCUACUCAAACAGGCGUAUGCUACAUUGGGCAAGGAUGGCGUUGAAAAGGAAGAAACUGAUACGUUGAGGCUGCAAAUUGAGAAAAUGGUUAUGUAG